UGAACCGGCUCGGCCUCACGUCGGGCCUCGGAGAGAUGGAGCGAGUGCGGUUGCACCAACACCGGUACAUAGGCGCAGACCGGCGUGUCCUUGGGCUAGAGAGUGGGACGUCCGGCUUCUGAGCGGGAAACUUCUUUGCACUAGCGACGAAAAAACGAAUUAAAAAUGGGUGAUGUUGAGAAAGGCAAGAAGAUCUUUGUUCAGAAGUGUGCCCAGUGCCACACUGUGGAAAAGGGAGGCAAACACAAGACUGGGCCAAAUCUCCAUGGACUGUUUGGGCGGAAGACAGGUCAGGCUGCUGGAUUCUCUUACACAGAUGCCAACAAGAACAAAGGCAUCACCUGGGGAGAGGAUACACUGAUGGAGUAUUUGGAGAAUCCCAAAAAGUACAUCCCUGGAACAAAAAUGAUCUUCGCUGGCAUUAAGAAGAAGGGAGAAAGGGCAGACUUAAUAGCUUACCUCAAAAAAGCUACUAAUGAGUAAUAGCCACUGCCUUAUUUAUUACCAAACAAAUGUCUCAUGACUUUUUUAUGUGUACCAUAAUUUAAGUGAUGUGAUACACCAGAAUUCAGAUCAUGAAUGACUGACAAAAUUAUUUUUGUUGGACAGUCCUGAUAUAAGUAAAAUUGACUUGUAGUUAAAUUAUUAUUUUGGUUAUACUCCCACUUAAGUAAAUUCUAUCACUUUCCCCUUUUUAAAGUUAUGGUUGGACUUAAUUAGUAAUAUUCAGUAUUUCAAAAAAAUGGUGAAUGACAUCUCAAAACUGGUUUAUAUUUAGGUUUAUAUAACUAAUUAUGUGAAUAUGUUUAAAUAUGGGGGAAAUCCCUUCACUCUCAGAACCAAGCAUGAUUCACAUGUGUUUCAAUUUGUGUUUGUAGCCUAUUAAAGGCAAUGGUUGAAGAUAAGGAAGCAGUGUCUAUAUUUUUGUUAACCUUGCCAAUUUAAUUAGAAUUCCCUGUAUCUCAAAUGCUGUCUUUUCCUUAUGGAAAGGCAUUUUAGUGUGACUUAUGUAUAAUAUUAAAUAAAGAAUAUUUAACACUUCU